AUGGAUUCAGCAUUUGCCUACAUCAAACUGCGACUCCACCACCAGACUCCACCACCAGACUCCACCACCAGACUCCACCACCAGACUCCACCACUAGACUCCACCACUAGACUCCACCACCAGACUCCACCACCAGACUCCACCACCAGACUCCACCACCAGACUCCACCACCAGACUCCACCAAUAGACUCCACCACCAGACUCCACCACCAGACUCCACCACCAGACUCCACCACCAGACUCCACCACCAGACUCCACCACCAUACUCCACCACCAGACUCCACCACCAGACUCCACCACCAGACUCCACCACCAGACUCCACCACCAGACUCCACCACCAGACUCCACCACCAGACUCCAUUACCAGACACCAACACCACUCCACCACCAGACACCACCACCAGACUCCACCACUAG